UGUUGGCUGAAAAUAAUGAUUAUUGUCCUAUCCUACCUUUAUGGUAUAUAUGUUGCUACUGUGAAGAGAAUUUCAACUAUACUCUAGUCCCUCUUUUUCUUUGUCUCCGACCUCCUCACGCUCCAUGCAAGUUGCAGGGGGUCAUUCUGAUCAGUUGCUCUCCAGAUCAAGCUCCUGAGGAAGAGCACCUUUGAUAAUCAUGCUCUUGCCUUGUCUUGUCUUGGGUGAAGUCGGCAUAUGCAGACUUGCUGUAAUCAGCUCUUUAUAUCAGUUGAGGACUGCUCCAAGUGCAAGGAGAUCUACAUCGGAGAAACGAAAAGGAGGCUAGCUGACAGAGUGACCGAACAUCUUCGCUCCAUCAGGAUCAAGUCAGCAGGUUUGCCGGUAGCCCAUCAUUUUACCCAACCGGACCAUAACAUCGGGUACUUCAAGGUGUGCGUUCUUCUGGCUGGUUUUCGUUCAGAUGGGAUAAGGAAAGAGAAGGAGGAACGCCUCAUCCACUCACUCGGCUUUCUCCAACCUGAUGGAAUGAAUGCGUCUUUCCAUUCUUUUCCCGUGGUGUGAUUUUCUUUUCUCCCCCCCUCUCUCCCUCUCUCUCUUGCUUCCCUUUCUUCCUUUCUUUCUGUUGUCCUUCCCUUUCUUUUUCUUCUCUUUUUCUCUUUUUUCCCCCCAGCUGUCCUCUA